AUGGCUAAUUCAGGUGAAAUGGUGGCCGGGAUCAAACCAAGCUGGAAAUCGUUGUUCAGCUUCACAGCCCGAAGACAUCUAUCGACUCUCGUCGCAGGAAGUAUCUUUGCUCUUUUCGCUGGAUGCGUGACUCCUGCUCUGGCAAUAUUUCUCGGCAACAUCUUUGAUUGCUUUAUAGAUUUCGGGGCUGGGGAUAUUCAAGCUGACAGACUCCGAAGUAAGGUCGGGACCAAUUGCCUGGGCAUGGUCGGGUUAGGAACUGCUGGAUGGUUCCUCAAUGGGGUAUACUUUGCUACCUUUGUCGCCUUUGGAGAACUUCAAGCCUCUCGUGUUCGCUCAAGUAUCUUCAAGAAGCUACUAAAGCGAGAUAUGGAAUGGUUUCAAGCCCAGAAAGAAGGAUCUGGCGCUUUAUUGUCGAAAAUUCAAGCCCAUAUCAAUGAGCUGCAGACGGCAACUUCGCAACCCCUCGGACUUCUUUUGCAGUACUCAUGUCGAUCAUUGGCAUCCCUAGUGCUGGCGUUUUACACUUCAUGGAGCUUGUCUCUGGUGACAUUAGCAGGAAUCCCAAUUUUCACCAUGAUUAUCGCCCUUCUUUCCGCCCGAAUGAAGCCCAAUAUUGAAAAGCAACAGGAGAAACUGACACAGGCGUCUAAAAUUGCGAAUAAUGCGAUCACAUUUAUUGACACUGUCAAAUGCCUGAAUGGGCAGAAACUUGAAUCACGGAGUUUCUCGAGUCGAAUCGAAGAAUCCGCUGCCUAUUAUCUCCGACAGGCUGUUCUAAACUCGUUGCAAAUCGCUUUUAUCCGGUGGAUGAUGUUCGCAAUGUUUGUUCAGGGCUUCUGGUAUGGCGGCUCGCUUGCACGCGAGGGGAAACUGUCAUCUGGUGAGAUCCUGCGUACAUUUUGGGCUUGCCUGACCGCCGCCCAGUCAAUUGAACAAGUACUUCCCCAGAUGAUUGUUCUUGAGAAGGGCAAAGUUGCCAGCGUCGGUUUGAAGUUAGCUUUCAUGGAACAUGUAUCGACAGCUUUCAAGGACGAAAUGAACGGAACUAAGUACCCUCAGCACUGUGAAGGCGAUAUUGAAUUUAACAACGUGUCUUUUGCCUAUCCAUCUCAACCUAACCACUAUGUCUUACAGCCAUCUACGUUCUUUUUUCCGGCGGGAGAGACAACCUUCGUUAUUGGCAAAAGCGGCUCGGGCAAAAGCACAUUAUGUCAGCUCUUGAUGCAGUUUUAUCUCCCAAACUCCGGUGAGAUUUUGAUUGAUGGACACCUAAUCCAAUCCCUUGAUAUCAACUGGAUCCGAAAUAACAUCACCCUUCUGGAGCAACGAAGUGUCUUGUUCAAUGACUCUAUCUUGCACAACAUCGCUUUCGGACGGCCAGAUUAUGACGCUGUUACUAGACAAGAUGUACAAGAUUCGAUUGAUCUUGCAAUGUUACAGGGAACUGUUCAUGAAUUGCCAGAGGGACUCGAUACGUGUGUUGGUCUCGGUGGAAACCUUCUCAGUGGCGGCCAAAGACAACGGGUAGCUAUCGCCCGAGCCAGGCUACGAGAUACGCCAAUCUUGAUUCUUGAUGAGCCCACAAGCGCUUUGGACUCUGUGAAUCGUGUGGCAGUUAUGGACUCAAUUCGCCGAUGGCGCAAAGGGAAAACAACUAUCAUUAUCACUCAUGAUAUGUCACAAAUUACCGAUCAUGAUUUUGUCUAUAUCCUAGAGAAUGGAUCCAUCGUGAAGAAUGGCUAUAAGGUUGACAUCGAAAAGCAACCCGGCAGCGAAAUUUAUUUCGCUUUGAACAAGAGGAUCGAUGAUGGACCAAAAGCGUCGAAACCGGAACAAGCUAACAGUGGGUACUGUGAUUUUGAUCGGGAAAUAUCGCUACACGAGAGAUUACCAGACGUGAAUCUUAUGGUGCCCAAAAAGACGCAUCGAAAGGCGCGACAGUCAUGGGCACAGCAUCAUAUCCCUCCAAGUUUUCGCUCAAAUACAUGGUACAUUACAAACAAACGUCAGUCCGCUUACCAACUUGAGAGGGACAGCUUUGCCAUUCUAGAGUCUAGACCAUAUUCCUUCCUCAAUCUGCCAAAGGAUGAAGUUUCUCUAGAUCAGUCAAAAAAUCACCAUUCGACGUUUUUUAGAGAAACCGAAAAUGUGCAGAUCGAAGACUGGUCUAUGGGCUCUAAAAAUGAUCCCUAUUCCAUGUCAAUAAUCUCACCGAAAGUCCCUGAAUUAAAGCGUCGCAGUCUGAAUCGCAACUCAGAGAAGCCGAAAAAGAACGAGGACCAACAAAAAGAAGUACUGACCCCAUUAUCUCAUAUUAUGGGGACCAUAUGGCCUAGCUUGACUUCCAAGCAACGGGCAAUUCUCUUCCUGGGAGUUGUGUCAUCACUGAUGCACGCAAGUGCAACACCAAUAUUCUCGUACUGCCUAUCGCAAUUGCUUAGCACUUUCUAUGCGGGAAACAACGGAGAUAAAUUGACCAGAACCUGGUCACUGGCCGUACUGGGUGUCUCGCUUGGGGAUGGGCUAGCAUCCUUUUUCAUGCACUACUCUCUCGAGUACUGCGGAGAUGCGUGGAUUAACACGUUCCGAAAAAGAGCAUUUCAGCGAAUCCUUGACCAACCGCGAGCUUGGUUUGAGCAAGAUGGCAACAACUCUUUUCGGCUCUCGUCUUACCUUGACCAGAACAGUGAGGAUAUGCGUAACUUGCUGGGGCGCUUUGCAGGAUUUGUCCUUGUCGCUAUUUCAAUUACAGUCAUGGCAAUCAUUUGGAGCUUGAUUGUAUGCUGGAAGCUAACUCUGGUCGCUCUCGCUUGUGGCCCUGUCAUCUAUGUCAUUACACGAGGCUUCGAGGGGACCAAUGGCAUCUGGGAAAGACGUUGCAAUGAAGCCAACGCAAUCAAUUCGGAAAUUUUUACAGAGACUUUUACAGAAAUCUUCACAGUGAGAACACUGACGCUAGAGGGAUACUUUCACCAAAAACAUGCAAAAGCUGUUGCUAGAAGCCUGAAAACAGGAUUGAAGCGUGCGAUUUACACUGGGCUACUCUUCGGUAUGGUUGAGUCAACAGUUGUAUUCGCUACCGCUUUGAUUUUCUACUACGGUGCCAUACUAGCAGCAUCUGAAUUCACUGUCAACAAUGUCAUGAUGGUAUUCUCGCUUCUUCUGUUCAGCAUCGGAUACGCGGCCCAGAUAUUAUCUUGGAUACCCCAGAUCAAUACUUCUCGUGAAAUCGCAACGCAACUCCUUCGGCUCGCAACACUUCCUAAAGGAAAGUCUCAUGAGGAUCGCGGCUACCUGAAAGUUUCAAGCCUCACUCCAAUAAAAAUGACUGGUUUGAACUUCCGAUACCCAUCCAGACCUGACAAAGUAGUCUUGAAAGGGGUCUCAGUACAAAUUACCCGAAACUCUUGCACGGCGAUCGUGGGCCGCUCUGGAUCUGGCAAGUCGACUAUCGCUUCAUUGUUGCUUGCGCUUUAUGAGACACCGAUUUCGCAUACUGGGCCUCCUGUCCUCACUCUUGGUGGCCAGAACAUACACGUUUUGGAUGUACCAAGUCUUCGUUCCCAAAUCGCCAUCGUCUCGCAGCAACCAACGAUAUUUCCGGGGACAAUAUACGCCAACAUUAGUUAUCCAUUGGGCGAUCAGGUAUCUCUUCAGCAUGUCCGCACAGCAGCCCAAGCAGCUGGUAUCGAGGAUUUUAUCUCUUCACUACCAAAAGGGUAUUUCACCAUCAUUGGCGACGGAGGAGUAGGCUUGUCUGGGGGGCAGAAGCAACGACUCGUCAUAGCUCGCGCUCUGCUCCGCGAACCCCAAAUUCUCAUUCUAGAUGAAGCUACUUCCAGUUUGGACCCAGCUGGGGCUGAGAUUGUACGAAAAACGAUACAAGAGCUGGUUACGAGGCGGCACAAUUUAACUGUCAUCAUCAUUACCCAUGCGAAGGAGAUGAUCGAAAUCGCUGAUCAUGUUAUUGUGCUUGACCAAGGAGCUGUAGUUGAAGAUGGCCCAUACCGAACCCUUGCGCGCAGAGUAGGAGGAAGGCUUCACGAAUUACUACGUGAUCCCGAGGAGUCUCUUGAUGCCUAG